CUAAAUCCUCCGUAUAUAUCUGCCAAAGAAUCUGGGAUUAUUAGCUGCCCCUGCUGUUUGAAAACAUAUUGACAAAAUCUUCCUGCAACGUAAGCUCCUCUGUUACUCUCCUAUAUUUUUCUGAGAGAGAGAGAGUGAGAGCAGCACAGAUGGAUUUAAUUAUAUGAUUCCUGAGAAGAAAAAAUCUGCACUUUUCUGGGGAUUCCCAAUCUUGGUCUCUAAAAAUGCAAUCUUUAUACGGGCUCGAUGUUGAUUCAGAGGCAGGGAAUUGCAGAAACGGUUGCGGCUGCCAAUCCAGCGCCGUGAGCGGCGGCGGCUACGGUGGCUGUGGUAGCAGUUCAUGCUCAUUAGACGCCGAGAAGCUCCAGCAAAGGAGGAUUUCAUCUGGGUCGUCAGAAUGUUUUGUGGAGGUGGAUCUGGAAGCUCCAUCAAAAGAGGAAGCAAAAUCACAUUCUAAGAAGGAUUGCAGAAUCUGCCAUUUGAGCAUAGAUUUGGAGAGUCAAGAAUCAGGGGUGAUAUUCGAACUGGGUUGUUCUUGUAAGAAUGAUUUGGCUGCUGCCCAUAAGCACUGUGCAGAGGCUUGGUUCAAGAUCAAGGGAAACAGGACUUGUGAGAUUUGUGGAUCAAUUGCCUCAAAUGUCGCCUACACGAAUGUGAUGGAGCCAAUUGAAUUGUGGAGUGAGUCUGAUAUUGCUGUUCGGGCAGCAAUAGCUAGGGCAGCCGCCGCAACCCGCGUAGAGGCCCCUCGACGCUUCUGGCAAGGUCAUCGUUUCCUCAACUUCUUGCUAGCUUGCAUGGUCUUUGCCUUCGUCAUUUCAUGGCUCUUCCAUUUCAAUGUCCCCUCCUGAAAUGCUCAUAAACUAUGUAUGUAUCAUUUCAUUUGUAAAAUGUGUAAAUGCAACCUUAUUUAGUUGUACUGAUUGCAAUUUCUCAUCUAGAUUUUCCAAUUAUUGAAUGAAGUAGAUUGAGCAAUAUCUUCGACACAUAGAAAUAAUGGGUGGUUCCGCCGCUGGACCAAGGCAGCAGCUCCUGGGCUAUUUAAGAAAAGUAAGGCUGAAUUCAAUGCGGAAAGCUCACACUUAUGGAUUGGAACACACAAUUAAAAUCAUCCCAAGGUGUGUGUUCGGACAUGUAGGACGGAGAUUGAAUUUAUCUCUUAAUAAUUCCUUUGAUAAAAUGCACAAAGGUACAUGAAUAAAGGAAUUACCUAUAUGAUCUUGAAGUGUAACUGCGCUUCAAAAGGUUUGGGACUUCGCUUUUAUACGAUCAUGAAUGGGAUUAGGACACACAUCUUUAUAAUUGUAUCAAGUUUGCAUUCUAGUAGAGUAUAGAAACUUGUAUGUAUUUUAUUUUCAGGUAUUUAAAUGGGUUGACAGGUUCAAUCCAUAGGACACCUCGAUUCUCGAAUAUUUGGAAUGUGUAAAAUAUUAAAAUGAAAAUUCAAUCGUAUUAACAUUUUC